AUUCACAGGAUCGGAUCAGAAUUUGAGUGCGGUGGAAAAAUGAGUCAGACAUUAUUUUCGUCUUUCGGAGUUUGUUUCAUGAAUUUUUCCAUUCAAGUUGAGCUAAAAAUCGAGGGAGUGGAUCUAUAAGUUAUUUGUUUGUGAUAUUUUCAACAAAGAUGGCAGAUCCUACGAGCGCACCGCUUGAAGAAUGCCCGUUGUUUAAUGGUGACGUUACAAAAUGUAAUACUAUUUAUGGGAUUCGAAAGGCUCUCGCUGCCCUCUCUUUAAUUGGAUGUGUUUUCAUGAUAACAGUGAUCUGGAUCUUUAAGAAGUAUGAACUCUUUGUACAAAGACUAAUCCUGUGGCUCACGGUGGCAGCAUUCUUUGGAAGUAUAUCAAAGUUUUUGGAAAGCCCAAGAGGAGACAGUGCAGUCUGUAACUUUGAAGGAUGGUGGACACAAUUUUGGGACUGGGUGACAUUGAUGUGGGUCAGCUGUAUAACCUUUAACCUUUACUUGAUUUCAAUAUGGAUGAUCAACACAGAGAGAAGAGAAAUAAUAUACCAUCUAGUGACCUGGGGUUUUUCCUUUCUCAUGGCUUGUCUACCGUUGAUUGGUAAUCAUUAUGGUCCAGCUGGAGCUUGGUGUUGGAUACCGGCAGAGUACCCAGUAUGGCGAUUCUUCAUCUGGUAUGGGCCACUCUUUUUGCUGAUAAUUCUGAUGUUUGCUGUCUAUGCGUAUAUUACAUACAAGCUGAGAAAAAGGAUACGAAGUUGGCAGGGGACUUAUGAACCUGAAAUAGAGCGAAAUAGACAGCUAAUACGAGAGGAGAUCAAGCCGCUCAGAGCGUACCCAUUUAUUUAUCUUGUGCUUUCUAUAUUUCCGCUAAUAAACAGGAUUCAGAAUGCCGUGAAUCCUGAUAAUGCCGUCUUUGUGUUGUAUCUCUUCCACGCUUUGUCUGCUCCGCUGGUUGGUCUGGUUAAUGCCAUCGUUUAUGGCCUCGAUCCAGAGACGCGAAGUCGUUUAACGUGGACUCAAAUAAAGGGCGCUCUUCAAAAACGUACGGCUCACCAACCAAUCCGGGAGUACCCCUUGGUCUCCGCCCCCGAGACGCCCGAUUUGGAAGACGUCUCGGUCCUGGCGAUGAGACCGCCUCCGGUCAAACGAAAGCAUUACCAGCAUUUAGCCAUGGCGUAGGGCCACAACCAGUAACAUCUGAAUAUUAUCUUGCACUCAAAUCAAGACGAGCCGAGAAAGCCGUCAUCCAGGAGUACACCAUUCACACAGAAAUUCCCGCCCCGGACGCCCCGCCCACCGAGAUCCCCGACCUAGCCAGCCCGGGCCCCGAAGAUAAUCUGACAGACAGACCCUUUGACCAGCCCUCGGUGGAAGGGGACAAGAAGAGCGAUGCCGAAGGAGAAGGGGAUGUGAUAGCCGGAGGAGGAGCCGCCAGUGGGGGUAAUGAUGGGGAGGCGACUAUUGACAUUGUGUGAAUCGACAAAGUUCCAAAUGUCAAAGUGCUCUAAAUUUGACGUCCCAGACAGAGGCCAACCUCGGCCCUGAUCAUAAACCCAGUCAAAGAUUGAUCCUUUGACCAGUGCUGAGGGGAAGGGGUCAAGAAGAGCGCUGCUGGAGGAGAAGGGAGUUUGACAGAGGGGGGGGGGGCAGUGGGGGGUACCAAGGGGGAGGGGUUCAUUGACAUGGGUAUAAGUUAGAAUGCAUCAAGAAAGGUACAAAUUUCAGACAGUGCUGGAUUUGAUUGCUGCUGUUUUGUGAGCUCACUUGAGUUUGUCUCAAACCGGGGGGGGGGGGGGGGGUGUUUCAUAAAGCUGUUCGUAAGUUAAGAGCAACUUUAAGUAUGACUGGUGAUCCUUUCUUAUGGUGAAUGGUAUAUUGAAUUGGCGAUAGUUUAGCGCAUAAGAAAGGUUCACCAGUCGUUCUUAAAGUCGCUCAUAACUUACGAACAGCUUUAUGAAACGGGCUCCAGGCAGCAGGUAAAGCCUGAAUUCAGUGCUUGUCAACAAAACUGUUUAACCUCUGUCGAUCGAGCCUUGCUCAACGUACAGUGUAGGUGCUUAAUUUCAACAACCUUCCGUACAGCAGUUGACUGUUACUGGCAGUGUAGCAGAUUGCAUGGAUUGCACGCAUUUACUACAUGAACUUUGCAUACUGGUAACUAUCAUGGACCCAUUUCAUGACACCAAAAUAAUUCCAGCUUGAUUCCAUACAUGUAUCUACAUGUAUGGAAAGCCAAGCUGGGUGAUACGCAGAUUGGACAAAAUGCUGAUGCAUGGAAUUUGCAUGUAAGUACAUGUAGAUAACAUUUGUCCACAGAUGAUUAUUGUGCUGCUUGGCUUUCUUUAUGAAGAGAAUCUAGCCCUAAUUAACUGCUUGUUCAUGUUCAUCAAUAGUCAAGGCUCCUCACUAACUUUUUUUUGGUGGCCAGUUCAGUCCACCAAAAUCAUCAGUUUCAUAUUUCUGGUCACCCGCAAAACAAAUUUGGUGUCCCUGAAACAAUAGUAAAACAUUGCAAUGUAUAAAAAACUUUGGUAGCCCAACUGAGCCACCAAGUGUGGGCUUUUACAGAAUUUUGGUAGCCCGACUCUAAUCGUUGGUUGCCCCGGGACACUGGGCCACUACUCUCAAGCCCUGAUUAAGUGUUUAUCUUCGACUAGUUAGUGAACCCCACUAGAAAAUGUAUAUUUAAAGUGUUCAAGUUCUGCCAUUGUUAUGUCACGUGAUAAAGUAUUGCAUUGAAUAAAGUUUGUUUCUCUGGGCUCGCGAAAGGCUGUAGUGUUGUCUAUAUUCAACACUCGGCAUGAAGGUAUGCAUUUUGUGGUGGAGUUCACUAACUUUUGAGCACGACUGUUUGUGCACUUACUACAUGUAAACUAAAGUGUAAUCACGUGUAAUUUCCAGGCAGUUGCAGGACUAUACAAUAUGUCACAAUAUCAGUGAUAUUUUAUUGUAAACAACAAUACGCUGUAGUCUAAUAAUAAGCCUGUUCACUGUUGUAAACUGCGCACGAGCAGAAAAAGGUCAUUUUAGAUAAACCAUGAAGGUGGCUUUCAAAUUCACUGACAUAGGCAUUUGUGAUUUGAUGAUUAUUCAUGUAUUCCUUUCAAAAUAUUUUAUCACAUCCAAGCUGAAAAGUAAUAAAUAGAGGCUUCAUAAUCACUGGUAUUUGACAGUAGCCUAAACAAUAGUCAAAUGUGCCAAAGGCAGACAAUAAAACAGAUUUCCAAACUUUAUCCCUGAUGUACUAUUCUAGUCACCUGGUCUAUACAAUGCCUUUUGUUCUUAGAAUUUGAAUACUCUACCGGUAAAGCUUACGCAACAUCUACAUUUGAAAAUGAUAGUGCUUAUCCUAAUGAAAAAUCACAAAGGUCAUUUGAGAAAAGUUGAUCAUGAGCUAACCGUGAACUAGCUUAUUGUUUGCUGGGGCCGAUUUAUGGUCUUUGUGAAAUUUGUGAAGUAUUUAACAGUGAAAUAUAUACAUGUAUUGUUCAGGUAUUGAUGCUUAUAUAAUGUUGAAUCUGUCUUCAAAACAAGUAUUAUAUAUUAUGUCAUCCAACAAAAUAUAGUUUUGGUGAAAAAGUACUAUAAAGAUUAUGAUAUAUUGCAUACAUUUUUUUUUAAACAGGAGUUAAGAAUAUUAUGCAGAAAGAUAUUUACAUACAUGUAUAACCUUGAUGUUAUGUAGUUAACUCACAUUACAGGAUAAUUGUUCACGAGCUUUGCAUUUUUUUCCAUUGAUUAAAAAAGGUAUAAAUGAAUUCGGUUUCAAUACUUAUGUAAUGAAAUAUUUUGAAUACUUUUUGUGAAAGAAAACCACAUUUCACAUACAGUGUACUGUAUACCAAAGUCUAUUCUCCUGUAUGUGUAUGAGAGAGUAUAUGUGGAUUUAAUUGUUUGAUACCAUAUCCAAAUUUGUCACCAGAGUACAAAUGUUAUUAAAGAUAAUACAUGUACAUGUAUAUAUAAUAGAUGUAAUGAUUAUUGGCCAGUUAUUUUUUUUUUCUUAGAGAGUAGCGCACAUGAAUAAAUGAGACUUAUUGUUCCAUUAUAUACAUGUAUCCCCAAAUGGUCGACACUUUCAUUGUAUUGAGAAUUUUUCACUUGUUUUUUUUCUUGUUUUUCCCCCCAAUUUUUAAAAAAUGUUUUGAUAAUUAUUUUUAAUCUAAUCAAGUAAUGUAUGCUUUGCUUGGUAUCUCUUCUGUAAUGCUCCGCAUAAUAAUAGUAAUAAUUGGUAUUUAUAUAGCGCUUUAUCAAUCUACGACUGUUCAAAGCGCUUCACAAUUAUUACCCGGUCACUGGAUUCAUAGCAUUUCAAGCAGCCUGUUAGGCGCAAACUUGCUAAACCAACCACAAUGACGGUUGUUUCCUACCGGUACCCAAUUAGCACCUGGGUGAGAGUGGCAAAGUGUGGAUUGACGCCUUGCCAAAGGACGCUAGACCAUGGUGGGAUUCGAACACACGACCCUCUGAUUACAAGGCGAGAGUCAGAACCGCUACACCACGGCGCUUCCGCAUGUAGUUGAGAAAGUGCAUACAUUGUGUUCUGUGCGGGCAUGCCAAGAUCCAAUGAAUGUAUAAUAAUCUGUAAAGCGCAUUAUUGAUAUUGCCAAGUCUAUCAAGCACAAAUCAAUGUGAUGAAAUAAUAUCAUACUGUACAUGUAAAUUGCGUAAUAGUCUAGUGCCCCUUUAGGAUUUGACAUUGUAGGUGUAUAUCUACAUGUAGAUAUUGGACAUCUAUGGAUAUUAUAGGGAACUUGUAGUUGUCUAAUAUAUUUGUAUAUCUGUCUUCAAGCAAAGUGGGUAUACAUGUAUGUAUUACCAAUAUUAAUUAUAUUAUUCUAUGAAGUAUUAAUAUUACAUGUACAUGUUUGUACCUCAUGUGGAAAAUGUGUAAUAAAUUAUGAGAAAACGUUCUUUAUUCAACAAUCACGAAAAUUCACCCGUAUCUUGGUAAGUUUUCGCUUGCUAGGGUGCAACUGCAAAAACUAGGAAAAUUUUCGUGAUUGUGGAAUAGAGAACGUUUUCUCAUGUCUACACACCGAUCAGAUGAACCUAUUCAGUGUGUAAAUAAAUUUUAUUUCUAUAUAUUGAAUGUAUGUAGAUACAUCGAGUAUUGCUGCUGAACGUGUGUAUUCAUUACGUUUGGUAUUGCUGUGGGUCGAAUGUAAUAAAAGAAAAAUGUUUGCUAAAAUAUACCUUUUUAUUUUUGUAACGUACAUGUAAAUAUGUGCCCAGUGUGUAUAUGUGCUAAAGAGCUUUCCGUUUUUAUAUAAAAUAUGUGUAAACUCAGAUUAGUGCUACGUGCACUAAAAAAGAAAGCUUUACUAUAAAAUGAAGAAAAUUAAAUUAGAUUAAAUUCAAAUCACAUGUGAUGUAAUGGAGUAAAAUUGUAUAUUACAUGUACUUUAGAUUUAAGAUAAGUUUUAAUAUAAACUGUAAAAUCAUCCAGACAUAUACAUAUAACUUGUAAUGUCAAAUCUUGGAAAGGAUCUGACCAAUAAUGAGAAGGGGUGAAAGUCUGAUACAUAGAGGUUAUAAAGAUCCUUUUUCAGUACUUCAGUACAUUUUGAAUAGUAUAGGAUUUAUCAAUAUAGCACACGUGUGCAGAUAUAAGUUAGAGUACAUUGAAUGACUGUACUUGCCUUUGAUUGGCCGUUAAAUGCAGACUUUAAUAUUUAAGCAGAUUUCUAUUUCUUUUGUGUUCCAAACGAUUUAUCCAAGGCAAACUACCCUGUUAAUCUACAUAUACAAUAUAAAGCUUAUUUCACAAAUAAAUGUACUGUUGUAGAUUGUGUAAUACUAUAAAAAAUUAUUAAUUUUCGAGGGUUUGUCUAAGAAGGCUUCUAUAUUGUGGGUGCUAUGAAAUAUGUACACUUAAGUGUUUUACUGAUGCCUUUUUAAAAUUAUUUUUGCUUGAGUAAAUUUCUGUGAAUAUAAGUUUUUUUUAAAGUAAGUUUAUACAAUGUACUCAAUCUAUGUCAGUGAUGCGAAGUUCAUGCCCAAGAUAUGAAAUAAAUGUAAGUAAUCCUA